AUGUUACCAAAAUCUCUUCAACGUACUGAUAGUACGGGACAAUUAAAUGUAUUUAUAUUAUUGAAAAAGAAAUCAAAUAAUGAAUUACUAAUUGUAUCAAGAGAAGAUUUACCACCAACACUUCGUACUGGACGAUUACUAUUGAAUCAGAAAAUAAUUAUUCGAGAUGACGAACGAAAUAGUAUUGAAGGAGUAAUUGUAUACAUUCAUGCUGAUCGAGAAAAUUGUGUUGCUUUUAAAAAGCAAAUGUCAAACAAUAGCAUGCAACAUACAAAGGAAUUAAAUGGAAGUAUUAGUUCUUCCAUUUCUGAAGUACCAUCAUCAUCUUCACAUACAGUUAAUAGUUCUACACUAUCAAAUAAUAUUUCAAAAAAGACGUCUAAAUUACCAGUUCGAGUGACACAGAAACCAUCAAAACCUUCAACUGCAAAUAAACAAUCGGUUGAAUCACAUAGUAAACCAUUAUACAAAUCUAAUAAUCAACAACACGAUGAUAGUAUUAAUUAUGAAGCACGAAACGAUAUAUGUGAUUUAUCAUUUUCACCAACAACAAAUCUUAAUGAAAAACAUAAAUCCCAAUCAACGUUUGCUAAUACAUGGGAUACAUCAUUUACAAUAACAGAUGAUUAUGAAAGUGAUAUUUUGAUUGACAAAAUAAAUCAACAAAGUGCACAGAUCAAUCGUUUAAAACAAAUCAUAAAGGAACGUGAUAUAGAAAUUAAACGUUUACGUUCGACAACAAUAGAAUUACCAACUGAACAAGGUACUCGAGAUUAUAUAUGUUAUAUGGCUGAUAAAACUCGACAAAACACAACUGAAUACAAAUACACGGGUAAUUUAUCAAAAGAUGCUAAAUGUUUAGGUAUCAAUGUUGUGCAACUGAAUGAAUGUCUGACUGCAAAAGCUUCAGUUACAACUAUUGCCCGAAAUAUUUUCAAGAAAAUUGUUCCGGAAAAUAAGAGAACUGUGUCUUGUUGGGAUGAUCUACCAGAAGAGGUUCUUUUAAAAGAGCAAAUGUUGAUCAAGUUUUUGAACGAUUAUUUUGGUCCUCUUGAAGUGGAUUCCAAAAAGGUGCAUACUAGUCUUUGUGGUUGUCUUCGUAAUGACCGUAGGAAGCAAAACAAGCUGAAACAACGAGCUGAAAUAGUUCUUAAUAAUGAUAAAGACUCUUCUCGUCAAGAAGAAAUUAAUUAUGUUGAUGAUGACAACGAGGUCAAUGAUGAUCUUGAUGAUAGUUGA